UUUUUUUUUGUUUUUUUUAUCAUUCAUUCAAGAAAACUAAUUAAACAUUACUUAAUAAGAAAUGGCAAAUCGUAGAGUAAAUAAUGUACGAACAGUCUCAUAUGGCUCUGGUGGAUUGAAUGAAAGAUUUAGUAAAAUUAUACAAACAGCCCUUUCAUCUCGUAUAGUUACUACCGCCUCUGACACUACUAAUAACCAAACAAGCGGUAGUGUCUUUAGUCGUCUUCGAGGUGCUAAAAAGGUAGUCAAUAAGCGUCCUGAAGCAUCAAAUAUUCAAAAUCGACUUGGAAAAAAAGUCGGUGGUAACAUUCAAAAAAAGAAAGUUAACAAAAGAGGCAACACUAACUCUAUGCAAGGUGUUGAAAGACAACGUAAUAUAAAACGCUCUUCAGGCAAGAAGCAAAAUGUAUCUAAGAGACAACAGACUAACAAGAAGGAUACUAAGAAACUUACAGCGGAAGAGCUUGAUAAGGCUCUUGAUUCAUACAUGAUGAAAGAUCCCAAAACUGCACAAGCAAAACUUGAUGCUGAAUUAACUGCAUAUAUGGAUGAAGCUCCAGACAUUCUUAUGGAUGAAACUUUAUAAUUUUAACAUGCGCCUUAUAUAAAUCUUUUAAUCUUGUCAGAUUGCAAUUCUACUUGUAUUCUUCGGGUUCAUUCCAACAAAAAAUUUGAAAAAAACAGCAUAUAAUCUGCUUUAUCAAUAAA